AUGGUAGCUUGGAACCAAGAGACUUUUUACGUUCCUCCUAGAGAUUUCGUAGGGUACGGUCUUGAACCACCUACUGAUUGUUGGCCCGAUGGAAAGAAAAUAGCCGUUUCUUUUGUACUUAAUUAUGAAGAAGGAGCGGAAAGUACACCUUGGAAUGGCGAUAAGAUAAGUUGUGCAACUCUACAUGAAUUAAGUUAUGAUCGUCCCGCUGUGGAAGGUAGGGAUUGUAUGUCUGAGAAUUUUUUCGAAUAUGGUAUAAGACAAGGUCUCCCAAGACUUUUAAAACUUUUCAAAGAAUUCGGUUGGCAUUGGACCACUUGGGUAUGUGCGAGAGCUUUCGAGACUAGUGGUCCGUAUCCUAAAAUGUUGGUAGCGGAUGGACAUGAAAUCGCAUGUCACGGGAACCGUUGGGGGAUACACGGUAGUAACACUGCCGAAGAAAAAGCUCAUAUCAACAAAUCCUUCGAUCGGCUUCAAGAGGCUACGGGGUUGAAGAAUGUACCUACCGGUUGGUUUAUCGGUGGGGGGUCUGUAAGGCAGAAACUUGUCAGAGCGGAGGUUCAUAAAGAACGUGGAGUACCUCUGGUUUAUAAUUCUGAUUCUUUCGGUUCAGAUUUACCAUAUUACAUCCCUGAUCCUUAUUCUAAAAUCCACGGUGGUAAAGAUGAAGGAAUGUUAAUGAUUCCUUAUUCUUUAUGUACCAACGAUCAUCGAUUUUACGUCUCUGGAGGUGCUGGAGUAUCAGCACCAGACGAUUGGUUUGAACUUAUGAAAGGAGAAUUUGAUCAACUUUAUUCCGAAGGUGUUGCUGGGCAUCCUAAGAUGAUGACCGUGGCAAUGCACAAUCGUAUGGUAGCUAAACCCGGUCGUUCGAUGGCUUUAAGGAAAUUCAUGCAAUACAUUUCUACCAAACCUGAUGUUUGGGUAUGUACCAGAUCUGAGAUUGCGAAAGUUUGGAGGGAGAAAUAUCCUUAUGAGAAAGUCGGACCGACAUAUGAUUUACAUCAUUAG